AAAAUGAGUGCAUUAUCUUGUGAAUUAGCUUAUGCACUUCAAAAUCAUCCAACUGCACCCAAAAAUGGUGAAACCGUUCUCUUAUUAAUUAGUGAUCAAGAUGUUAAUGAAAGAAAUUUAAAUUCUGAUCUACGAAAUUUAUUCGAAGAUAAAUUUAAUUUGGAGGAAAUGGAUAUUGGAGAGUUGAUGAAUAUAUCAGAACGUUUAGAUAAAGAAGAUAAUGACAACGAAGAAGAGAAUUUAGAAACACGUUUUGAUGCUGCUAUUUGCUCUAAUUUAUUUAUUGGACAAGGGAUUGUAAAUGACCGCCAUCGUAUUGCUCAAGUAUUAGGAUUGCUUCUUCGUUUAAUACGAACAGAUGGUGUUGUAAUUAUUAGAGAAAACUUAAAGCAAUGGGGUUCUCGUUCAAUUGCUGAUUUAACUAAAUUUCUUGAUGUUUUUGCCUUUCGAAAACAGCAAAAUAAUUUAAAACAACAACAAACACUUGGAUUUAAUUUUUAUGGAAUGAGUCAAGUACAGGACAGCAUUUAUGCACAUUCUAAUUUUCUUGACGUUUUUUGGAGCUUAACAACAGCUAUUGAAGUUAGAUUAUAUGAUGAUAAAUUAGCUACUUUCAGGGAAUUUUUGGAUAAAACACAGUAUACUGAAGACAAUGUUGCUAGUUACGAGUGGAUAUUUGGGACAGAUUUUAUCAGCCCAGGUGGAGUAAAUGAGAACAGAAGAGUGCUUAAAUAUUUCCGUCAUUUACGCCCUGGACAACAAAUGCUUGAUAUUGGUGUUGGAAUCGGUGGAGGAGCUAGACAAGCUGCUAGGUUUGGUCUCCAAGUACUUGGUUGUGAUCUUUCUUCAAAUAUGAUUCAACAUGCUUUUGAUCGUAAUCAACGUGACAAAGAUCAUCGUGUUGAAUAUCAAAUUGCUGAUGCUAUGGUUUAUCGUUAUGAAGCUAAUGCUUUUGAUAUUGUAUUUAGCAGAGACUGUAUUCAACACAUUAAAGACACAAAAAGAUUAUUUAGAAAUAUUUAUACUUGGCUUAAGCCUGGUGGACAAGUACUUGUCACGAUGUAUGGGAAAGGACAUGGAGUUCUUUCUCCAAAAUUUCAUGAAUAUGUUCGUAAACGGCAAUAUGCACUAAAAACUUUGGAAGAAUAUAGAGAAAUUGCUCAUAGUGUUGGUUUAACAAAUAUUUACACAGAAAAUAUGACUAAACGUUUGAGAGAAAUUUUAGUAAUUGAACGUGAUAGAGCAGUUGAAAAUAAAGAAGAAUUUAUUCAAAAAUUUAGUGAAAAACUUUACUCAAAAUUAAUUGAGGGUUGGGCAGAUAAAUUACAAUUUAUUGAUGAAGAUAAUCAAAAUUGGUUGUUACUUCGUGCGGAGAAACCGGUGCAUCCACAUGCUUAUUUAACAGAAGCUGGAGCUUAA